AUGGGCGUCAAACCAGAUGAAAAACAGCUUUCUGUUAGUGGCCACAAUUGGGGAGGGAUUGAUAUAGAUGGAAACAUGCUAACCUUUAUGGUUGGUUCGAAGCAAGCAUUUGAAGUGUCCAUACCAGAUGUUGCACAAACCCAGAUGCAAGGAAAAACUGUUGCACAAACCCAGAUGCAAGGAAAAACAGAUGUUCUCAUAGAGUUUCAUGUUGAUGAUACUACUGGAUCCAAUGAGUUUGUCGGGGAUGAGAAUCGCCCUCUGGCUCAUAUUUUACGUGAGACUAUAUUGAAAUUUGCUGAUGUUGGUUCUUCUGAGAUGGAAUUGCGAUUCUUACACCAAGGUGGAAAAAUAUGA